AUGGCAUCGGUCUCCUGGCAAGUUGUGGCCGCAGUUUCGGAAGAAGAUGGCAAGCAAAGACAUGCCAAGGCAUCAUUUGCCAGCGUUGAUCUCUUGAUUGGAGACCGCACCGUCAACUACAGUGGCCCCGUCGCUCUGCAACGAUUCGGCAACCAUUCGCUCUUCCGAAUUGUAGUUCUCAAUGAACAGGGGACAAGAAACACGGUGACGCUCAACUUGCCACCUGAUGUCAAAUGGAUUGUGGAGUCGCCCAAGAAAGUGAUUAGUCCAAUCACAAGAACCAAGGCAAUCAAGAGUGUUGUGCGUUUGCCAGUGGGCAAUCCAGAAGGUUUCGAGAAAGUGACAAUCACUAUGAUCUGGAAUGGAGAGCAAGGAAGCUCGAAUGUCUUUGCCCAGGCCAUGAUCUUUGCUUCCAGUGUUGUGGUGGAGGCAAUCACACCAGCGGUUUCACCAUGA